GCGCAUGGCCUUGACUGUCAUCUGUACGGCAUCGGUUUGGGCAGCAGCUGAGGAGUCUUCUAUAAUCCCAAGUAUCUCUUUCUCUGUCCUCUUCGCUUUUUCAAAUCAACCUCAAGUAUAUUUUGAAUCACUUCCACAUACAAAAUGGACUCCUGGGACGCUCCCGUAUCAGCAGCCGCGGCUGCCAUGUCCGCUGCUCCAGCCGUUGCCUCCCACGGCCCUCUCACCUCCGCCACCUUCUGGUCUUGCGAUGCCGAGCCCAUCGAGACUCAAACCGCCGCCCCCGUCUUCACCACCGAAUACUGCGUCACCCUCCCUACUCCCUGCCACCACGGCCCCGGCCCUUGCCAUGCCACUUACACCGUCACCGAGGAGUGCACCGGCGACCGGGACUCAUGGGCCCAGCCCACGGGAGUCGUCCCUCCCGGAUUCGUCGUGACUACUGUCACUGAUUGCAAUGCCUGCCAUGGCGGACCUACCCAGACCUUCACGAUGCCGACUCAGAGUCCUAUCCCAACCAAUGUUGGCCCUGCCCCGGGACCGGGCCCUCAGCCGACCAUGUCUACUAGUGUUGUGGUGAUGGUGCCGUCGCAGACUGGUGGACAGAUGCCGGUUCAGACGGCUGGUGCGCCGCGGGCGAGGACGAUGAGCUUGAAGACGAGCGUGGGAUUGUUGGUUGGCGCGGCGUUGGCGUUAUUUAACUUUGCUUAAGCCAAGCAACCUUUCGAUGUUUUCCUUUUUUAGGCGUGUUGAACGACUUUCAGUCUGGGUUCGGGUUCUUUGAUUCUGGGUAUACGCAU